AUGACCACCAUUCUAUUUGUUCCUGGUGCUUGGAUCUCUCCGACGCUUUACCAGCCAUUUCUCCAAGCCCUUACGGUCGCUGGCUAUGAAGUCCACUUCGUGCGCUACCCCUCUCUCAACCCCGAGGGCCCAUCCGCCAUCGAUUGUCAGGCCGACACCAAUGCUAUAACUGGAGUUCUCAAAACUUUCGUGGAAGAUGAGGGCAAGGAUGUUCUCCUCUUGAUGUACUCAUAUGGAGCCAUGCCUGGUGCGGCAGCGGCCACCGGGCUAGCCAAAUCGCAGCGCGCACAAGAGGGAAAAGCUGGUGGCAUCAUCGGACUUUUGUUCCUGGCAGCCUUUGUCGUGCCGGAAGGCCUUAGCUGUGCCGGUCUUCAGGGCGGAAGCCUUCCCCCAUGGGUCUUGCUCGAUCAGCCCUCGGUGAAUCUCAGUGUGAUAGAUGAUCCUAUUAAUUAUUUUGCUGCCGAUGUCGAGCCGGCAUUAGCCCGGUCCCUGAAUCAAGAGGUCAACCCGCAUUCAACAUUAGCCUUCACGUCGCCCCAGCCCCAUCCCGCCUGGGCGGACGAGGCGUUUCAAGGGCGCUUGGCGUUCAUCGUCACUACUGAGGAUCGUGCGGUGCCAAAAGAGGCCCAAUUCGGCAUGGUGGCCGCGACGCAGAAAGAGUGGAUUUUGAAGGAACUGACAUCCAGUCACUGCGCGCCGUUCCUUAAUCGGAUCGACGAGACCGUGGGAUUGACUCGGGAGAUCAUUGACCAGUUCCUCUGA